AUGGCAUCCAGUCUGACUUGCACCGGGGUCAUCUGGGCUCUGCUCUCGUUCCUUUGUGCGGCCACCUCCUGCGUGGGGUUCUUCAUGCCCUACUGGCUCUGGGGGUCACAGCUGGGCAAGCCCGUGUCCUUCGGUACUUUCCGGAGGUGCUCCUAUCCCGUGCACGAUGAGAGUCGGCAGAUGAUGGUGAUGGUUGAGGAGUGUGGGCGCUACGCCUCUUUCCAGGGCAUUCCCAGCGCCGAAUGGAGGAUCUGUACCAUCGUGACCGGCCUGGGCUGUGGCCUGCUCCUCCUCGUGGCGCUCACCGCCCUCAUGGGCUGCUGCGUGUCGGAGCUCAUCUCCCGGACAGUGGGAAGAGUGGCCGGAGGAAUUCAGUUUCUGGGGGGCUUGUUGAUCGGUGCUGGCUGCGCCCUCUACCCUCUGGGCUGGGACAGUGAGGAAGUCCGGCAGACUUGUGGCUACAUUUCUGGCCAGUUCGAUCUGGGUAAGUGUGAAAUCGGCUGGGCCUACUACUGCACGGGGGCGGGGGCUGCUGCCGCCAUGCUGCUCUGCACGUGGCUGGCUUGCUUCUCCGGCAAGAAGCAGAAACAGUACCCAUACUGA